AUUCUCACUCCUCCUUGGUAGAAUAGAGUGCAGCAGAGUAGAUGAGAGAGAGGGGUAUAAAACCCAAAAUAUACCAUAUUUAUGUAAGGAUAUUCCAACAAUACCCUCCGAAUAUUCCUUCUUAACGGUUAUAUAAUUACUCUCUUCUCUCUCCCUUUUCCUCCUCCUCCUCCUAUUUCCGCUUCUUCCAAACACACGCACUUUCUCUAUUUUCUCUCUUCUCCAUUUUUUUUCCACAUUCAAAUCAAAUUUCAUUUUCAACAUUUUUCAUUAUAACAUCCACAAAUUUUUUGAUUCUCUAUUCUCUGAGAACGAAAAGCCAUGAAAUUCGGUAAGAGUCUAAGCAGCCAGAUCGAAAAAACUCUACCAGAAUGGCGCGACAAGUUUCUCUCCUACAAAGAACUCAAGAAGAAGCUCAAGAACUUAGAACCCGCCGCCGCAGGCGGCUCUGAAGAUCGUCCUGCAAAGCGUCUUAGGAUUGAUUCGGGCAACGGCCAUUCUGUCGCCGAUGCCGGAGAAAUGUCUAAGGAGGAGAGUGAUUUUAGGAAGUUGUUGGAGAAUGAACUCGAGAAAUUCAAUAACUUCUUCGUUGAGAAAGAGGAAGAGUACAUUAUUAGGCUUAAGGAGUUGCAAGAUAGAGUUGCUAAAGUGAAGGAUUAUAGUGAAGAAAUGAUGAAAAUUCGCAAAGAAAUUGUUGAUUUUCAUGGAGAGAUGGUUUUGCUUGAGAAUUACAGUGCCCUGAAUUACACAGGGCUAGUGAAAAUACUGAAAAAGUAUGACAAGAGAACUGGUGCUCUCAUUCGCCUGCCCUUCAUUCAGAAGGUCUUGCAACAACCUUUCUUUACCACUGACAUGCUCUACAAGCUUGUAAAGGAGUGUGAAACAAUGCUGGACUACCUUUUUCCUGUGAACGUUCCUACAGCUGUUGGCGAGCUUAUCCCUGAAGCUGAAGGAUGUGAUCCAUCCACUUCAACCACCACCGAGAGAGAUGGUUUGCUGAUUCCUAAGGAAUUAGCAGAAAUUGAGUACAUGGAGAGCCUUUAUAUGAAGAGUACCGUCUCAGCUUUGCAUGUUUUGAAGGAAAUUAGAAGUGGAAGCUCAACGGUUAGCAUGUUUUCAUUGCCACCGUUGCAAUCAGGUGGAUUGGAAGAAACAUGGAAGAAAGUCCCAGUUUUGGAACAAGCAGCCAAGUAACCUGCUGGGUUACAUUGAGGGCAAGGCAUGUUGUAGUAUGGCUAUUUUCCCAUUUGUGUUGUCUUCAAAAUUGGACGCCUCUGUUAUAGAUACUAACAGCGAUGUAAGAAGUUAAAUGUUGUAAAGAUGGAAUUAAUUUAUAGAAUUAUAGGUUCCAUAUAAUAAAACUGUGGAAUUCAAAGAAGUUAUGUUUUGACAUUUUGCUGACUCAAUAUUCAAUAUGUAAUGUAACUUAUGUGCUUGGUAUCUGCUUCA